AUGCCAUCGACAUUGGAUCCUCUUACUCCUGAAAUGCCUGUAGCACCAACGGACCACGAAGAAGCUCUUCAAAGCACUGGAAAAAGUGAUAAGCCCUCAGAUCUCAAAGCCAAAGAAGAUGGCAUAGUCUUCUGGACGAAACACACUAAACCGGUUCUCACAUCUCUUCUCAAAUCCGUUGGAGAUUACACUCCUGAACAACAAGCUGCUCAUCUUGAGUUUCUUGACAACUAUAUCAUCCCGAGCAUGGGGCGUGCGCCUGAGAAGGACCGCGCGAGAUCACUCCUGACCCCAAAUGGCUCACCAUUCGAAACCAGCCUAAACAACUGUGACAGCGGCAAGUCAUACGUGCGUUUCUGCUACGAGCCCGUGUUUCCAGGCUCAGAUGGUGUCACUGAAGACACCAUUCCAAGAAUUGCCGAGAAGACGGGUGCUGAUCUCCGCUGGUUCAAUCAGUUUGCCACCGAGUUCUAUCCAUCCGAGGAAGAUGCUGUGAUUUUGGCGGAGAAGAUGCCGAAGGACACCAUUCGCAUACCCAAGGUGUUUCUGGCCUUUGAUCUCAAGGAUGACAAACAGACUAUGAAGGCAUACUUCUAUCCUGUUAUCAAGUGGAUGACAGCAAAACAAAACUCGGAUAGGGCUGGAUUUGACCUCAUCCGACGGCUUGAUCCCCUUGGUCCUUCAUUUGGGCCAGCUAUUGACAUGAUCGAGCGGUACCAAAGCAAGCUGUAUCAAGACCCACCGCUAACUGUUGUUAUUGGUAUCGACUGUGUGAGUCCCGAAGAAGGCGCCAGAGUCAAGAUCUACAUCGAGCCCCAGUCCAAUACCUGGGAGGCAGUUGUACAACACGUCACCCUCGGAGGUCAAGUCACAGACAAAACAACAACGGAAGGUCUAGCGAUCCUUCGCGAUAUGUGGCAUAUACUUCUUAAUGAGCCAGAGAAUAAGGAAUUCGAUGAGAAAUUCUCAAAGAAGAUACUGGAAGAUAAGCCUGACGUUAGUGGAGCAUGCUUUAGCUGGGAACUCAAGCCUGGCCAGGACAUCCCUGAGGUCAAGAUUUAUGUCCCUCUGAAUCAAUACUUCAAGAAUGACAAAGAUGCUACAGAAGCCAUGGAGAAGGUGUUUCGGAAGAGAGGAUGGGCUUGGGGAAUAGAGGGCACGUAUGAGAAGAUUGUGUCGGAUGCAUAUGGGAGCGAUGUUGUCGACGAUACGGUCACGACACCAACUGAGCAUACAUUUGUCUCGUUCAACUUCUCCCAGAAGAAGGGGGUAUACAUGACAACGUAUGUGGCACCAUUUGUGAGGUUUCCUUAA